UUGUUUUGUUUUGGUUUUGUUUAUCAAAUAGAAAAAUAUUAACAGAGUGCCUCGACUUAUCACUUACUAUAUGUACACACAUAUUCAUUCAUAGUGCAGGUUCAAAAUGGAUGAUACAAUGAACGAUGAUCAUUCGCCGCAGGCAAAAAAACACAAGGAUAUUUCUUGGGAUGAUGAUGAAAUGGAAAUAGACAAUGUGUCUGCCAAUGUGGAUGUCAUAGCAGAAACGAUAAUUGAUAGUGAAGAAACUGAGAAUGCAACAAUUCCACUGGACUUGGAAGAAGACAUUGCUCCAUAUUCGGAAUCCUCUGAUGAAUCCAUGAAAACAAAGAGUGAAAUAGAGGACAAAAAGGAAAAAGAACCCGUCACUUUUGGAACCAAUAAGCUGCAUUGGAAAUGGAAUUUGCGAGUCCUUAUAUCCAAUUUGUAUAUGCAGAGCGAGAGGCGGUUGCCGGGUGCCUCGGUGCCCAGAUGCCUGCAUAAUACCAGUCAAUGUGUUAGCCAACAUCGCUGUGCCAUGCUGCCCGAUGCACCCAAUUUCAUGAGUGCCCAAGCCUUGAGGAACACCCUGCACGGUCAGCACUACGACACCUUCUUAGAUAUUGUGGAGCGAAUGAUUCUGCAGGGCGUAUAUCCGGGUGAAGGUGUUCCCGAUCGGCUCAUUGACAUGGCCAUGAUUCUCACUACCAAAGGCAUGACCAUUGAUGAGCUUGGAGGUGUUUAUAAAAAACUUAUACGGACAUUUUAUCUCUAUGUGGAUGCUUUUCCACCAUGUUGGACGGCCCUGCGACCAUAUUAUCUGAACUUUUUGGGUGUACCAAAUCCAACAAUUCAUGACAAAUCUUCCGAUUCAUCACCACAAAAACUAGAAUUCUAUUUAAAUUUACUAGAAGAGAUAAUACCUGAAUGCAGUGAUCAAGAAUUAAGGAAUUUAACUAAAUUCUAUCAGAAACAUGUCUACGAUUUCUCAGAGGAAGAGAAUGCCAAUAUGUCGCAGGAGACAGCCUUUUUGCGUCAUGUACAGGAAUAUGAUUGGCUAAGUGGUAAAUUGUGUUUGGAUGAUUUCAAGACAUUGGAUGCCCCAGUGCGUCUGGCAAGGGUUUUUGAUGUCCUGAACAUGUUAACUUGGGUACUGGAAAUGGAAUUCCUAUCGUGGCUAGAUCACAAUCGUUUACGUCAAUCAAGUCCGGAGAUAUUUGAAGAGGAUACCAAACCAUUCGCUGCUCUAGUCUUUGAUAUGGACAGCACAUUGCGUUUAAGUGAUCUGAUGCGUCAGGUGAUGCGUUUAUAUGCCCAAUGUGUAAACAAAUCUUUAUAUAAGGAACGUUUAAAUAUACUUGAGCGUUUGAUAUCCCUCAUCAUGGAGAUCAGUAAUACCUCAGAGAUUAAGUAUGAGGAUAAUGCGGCCAUCUAUCCCAAUUUGGGUCCAUUGACCAAACGGCUUAUUGGUGAUUUCUUUAAGAUAUUUAAAACAAAGAAUCCCAGCCAUAUAAGUAAAUAUUUGGAGACUAUAACACAAUUGGAUCAACCAUAUGUACGCUUUCAGUUCACCGACAAUUUUCUAAGUUUGUUUUACUACACCAAAGGUCUACCCUUUGGUCCGGAGAAGGUGUGCGAAGAGUUCAAAUCUAGGAAAUGGCUUAGAUACAAAACCAGGAGAGAAAUUGGCAAAGCGAAUGAUGAUGAUGAUGAUGACGACGACGACGAUGAGCAGCUUUCACGUGAAGAUUAUCUUGAGAUUUUGUUAAAUGCCUUGAAAGAUUAUUGCGAAUGGUUGAAUUUGGCAUUGUUUUGGAAAUAUCUAAAAACGAAAGAGCAAGUGCCACAACUCCAGGCUAAAUCCGCAAGUGUAUUGUCUACUCCCGUGGGCAUAGUAACUGGUGAUGUGGGCAAAAUGUUCAUGCUCGAUGAAAUGGAAAAGGAGGUUCAUACCUGGAAACGGCGCAUGAAUACCAAAACUUUGAUUGGCAAACCCAAAGUCAAUUUGCCAGUGGCCAGAAUUAAUGUGAGCAUCAUGUGUGUACGCUAUGGUGAUGAUGUGCGUCAAUUGCGUUAUCUAAGACGCUUGCUCGAGAGCGAGGUGGAGGGCCAAAUAGAUGUCACCGAUUGGCUAAUAUAUCUGGAUGAUAUCCUUGGCGAGGAUACAGUGCCAGAGGCAAAGGAUGCUAAGCAGACCAAGUUGACAAGGUCUUCUUGGGAAGCUGAUACAUCGGAGACGGAUUAGCUUUACAUUACUAACUUGUAUAAAACUCCAAACUUAAUUUAUUGAAAAACAAAAAAAAACUUUAAUAUCGGGCUAACCGAAUCGAUUUAUGUAAAAAGAAAACCCUCGAAAAUGUGGUUUAUAUAAUAAUUAUCUUCUGUCAUUAUCAUUCUAUCAUCUGCAAUGAUAUAUUCUCUAUAUAUACCUAUAUUUAUGUAAUAUAAGAAAAAAAUAAUUUAUAUUAUUCUAAGUUUUAAAACCUUUUUUCUCCCAUUGAAUAAGUAUAAAGUCCAUAUUUAAUUUCCCAUUUCUUUUCGUUCUUUUCUG